AACCUAAUUAAAGAAUCCGCUGUACAGAUGUUAUCUGUUACAUUUUUAAAAAAUUUGCAUUUGGCAGUCCCUUCAAUAGCUUGCUUCUGGAUUAAUGUCAGUAAACGUCACCGUCUCUUAGGAAUUUUCCAAAAAAGAACAAACUACAUCAACAACUCCAACAUGUCCAAAUUUUUUGCAACUGGUGGUUCCGAUUCCGAAUCCGAAUCCAGUGAGGAGGAGGUACAAGCACCAGCAUUUGGAAAGCAACAAGCUUAUGCUUAUAGCGAUGAUGAAGUUGAGGAAAAACGUGUGGUGCGUUCCACAAAGGAAAAACGUUAUGAAGAUAUCACCAGUAUCAUCAAGAACAUUCGCAACUACAAGAAAAUCAAGGAUUUGUCCAGUGUAUUGACCAGCUUCGAAGAACUUGUUCGCGCUUACACCAAAGCUCUUCCGGUCAUUUCCAAAGAGGAAAACGGUGUUACUCCGAGAUUCUAUGUUCGUUGUCUGGCUGAAUUGGAAGAUUUUAUCAAUGACAUCUGGGACGACCGUGAGGGAAGAAAGAAUCUAAACAAAAAUAAUUCCAAAUCCCUUGGCACACUGCGCCAAAAAGUCCGAAAGUACAUUAAGGACUUUGAGGAUCAACUAAUUAAGUUCCGUGAAGCUCCUGAUCAAGAGAGCGAGGAGGAAGAAGAAAGGCCAGAACCGGAUUCCGAAAGCGAAGAAGACGUGGCAGCGCCACAAAAGGCUGUAUCAUUCCGGAAAGAUGUGGAGAAGGUUGUCAAAGCGCCAAAGGAUGAAGACUCGGAUGAUUCAAUUGAUUGGGGGUCGGACAGUGAAUCGGAGUCUUCAUCGUCCGAGGACGAUGGCCAAUACUUGAGUAUGAGGGAUCGUUUUAAAAAGCGCACAACUGACAAAGAGGAAAAAGACGAUGAUGAGAAGACCAAAAAGGAGAAGAAAGAAAAGAAAGUUAAGAAAGUGAAGAUCCAUGGAAAACGUGAAGAAGAUGACGAGGAGGGUGAAUGGGAGACAGUUACCAAGGGAUCAACAGUUGAGAAGCCCAAAAUGUUUGCCAAGGAUGCGGAAAUCGAUAUAAAUCUCGUACUUGCGAAGUUAAACGAGAUCAUGUCUGCUCACGGCAAAAAGCGUACCGACCGUCGCGCCCAGAUUGAUCUACUCUACGAAUUAAAGGAUAUUGCCGAAGCAAACAAUCUAGGUAAUGCGGUAUCAAUAAAAAUUCGUUUUAGCAUCAUUUCCGCUAUCUACGACUAUAACCCGAAGAUUUCUGAGCCAAUGAAACUUGAACAUUGGCAAAAACUUUUGCAAGUCAUGCCGGACAUGCUCAACACUUUGCUGGCUAACAAUGAUAUCAUCAUGACGGAAAAUGUCUCUGAGGAGGCUGAAGAGUAUUCUACUGCACCAUUCUAUAUUCGCGGUUGCGCAUUGGCUGCAGUUGAGCGCUUAGAUGACGAGUUCACCAAACUUUUAAAGGAGUGUGAUCCGCAUUCCAAUGAUUAUGUUGCAAGACUUAAAGACGAAGUUGCUGUAACAAAAAUUAUUGAAAGUGUUCUUAAGUAUUUCGAACGCGUUGGUAACAACAAUGAGUUGUGCAGAGUUUAUUUGCGUAAAAUCGAACAUUUAUACUACAAAUUUGAUCCAGAAGUUCUAAAGAAAAAGAACGGCGAUUUACCUGAAACUACGAAAACAUCCGUAGAGGUAAUGGAAAAAUUGUGCAAAUUUAUAUACUCAAAGGACGACACAGAUCGUAUUCGUACUAGAGCUAUAUUGGCGCACAUUUAUCAUCAUGCAAUGCAUGACAACUGGUUCCAAGCGCGUGAUUUGGUGCUUAUGUCACACUUGCAAGACAAUAUCGAUGUUGCUGAUCCAUCUACAAGAAUUUUGUACAAUCGUAUGAUGGCCAAUUUGGGAUUGUGUGCUUUUAGACAGGAAAAUGUUAAGGAUGCGCAUCAUUGCUUGGUAGACCUUAUGGUAACAGGUAAACCCAAGGAGUUGCUUGCUCAGGGUUUGUUGCCGCAGAGGCAGCAUGAACGAUCUGCUGAGCAGGAAAAAAUCGAAAAGCAGCGGCAAAUGCCCUUCCACAUGCACAUCAAUUUAGAGCUUUUGGAAUGCGUUUACUUGGUUUCAGCUAUGCUUUUAGAAAUUCCAUACAUAGCAGCUCACGAGUUUGAUGCUAGAAGAAGGAUGAUCAGUAAAACUUUUUACCAACAGCUUCGUUCCUCCGAAAGACAGCCUUUGGUUGGUCCUCCAGAGUCGAUGCGAGAACAUGUAGUAGCCGCUGCAAAAGCAAUGCGAUGUGGAAAUUGGCAAGCCUGUGCCAACUUUAUUGUAAACAAAAAGAUGAACACAAAAGUUUGGGAUUUGUUCUACGAGGCAGAUAAAGUUCGUGAUAUGCUGACCAAAUUCAUCAAAGAAGAAAGCUUAAGAACUUAUUUGUUCACUUACUCGAAUGUGUAUACUUCCAUCAGCAUACCAUCAUUGGCACAGAUGUACGAGUUGCCUGUUCAGAAAGUUCACUCUCUCAUAAGCAAAAUGAUCAUCAACGAAGAACUCAUGGCUAGUUUAGAUGAUCCAACUGAAACCGUAGUAAUGCACCGAUCGGAGCCAUCUAGGCUGCAGGCCUUGGCCAUGCAAUUCACUGACAAAGUCACUAAUUUGGUGGACGUCAACGAAAAGGUAUUCGACAUGAAGUUGGGCAAUUUCUUGCAACGUGGAAAUAUGGGAAAUCGCGAUCGUGGUUACAACCGCAAUCAGAACAACCAGGGCGGAAACUGGGGAGGUCAGCGCCGAGGUAACCGAAACCAACAAGGUCGCAACCAACGUAACCAGCAACAUCAUCAUCAACAGCAGCAACAGCAACAGCAACAAACCAUUGAAGAAGAGUAGACUACUACUAAAGCUCUUCUUAAUUCAAAAGCGCAUUUUUUUCAUCCGAUUCAUCUAUAUCUGGAAUCAAUUAAAAACUAGAAUAAUAAUAAAUAAUGUUGAAUUACGACAAUAACCCAAUCUUAUGUACUUCCCGGCCUAAGGCAGAAUACCAAAGUGUGUUCUACCUUAGGCCGGGAACAAAAUAACAAUCAGAAGACGUACAUUAGUAUGGAGGAUUGGUGUUAUGUAUUCAGUUUGUUUAUUUUAAAGUUUGGUACUAAUGUUCUUAUUUUUAAUCAAAAGAAUAACUUCAAUAAAAAAAAGAGCGCUAAAAAAUAA